UGGCUUGCUUGAUUGCACAUGCAAAUUGUUCAAGAGUUUAUCUCAUCUGUGAAAACUUUCUUUUUUGAAACAGUUUUUUUUACCUUAGAUUUGAGUAAGUUCUGCUAUAAGUGGGUCCACUGAGAGGUCAGGCUUUAGUCCUGCAGGACCAUGAACACUCACACAGUCAGCUGGUUGAUUCUUCUGACCUUAAUGAAAAAUUUUUCUUGUGUUACAAACCUUUUCGAGCUAGAGGUUAACUGGAUAACGUCUGUCGAGGGGUCUUGUGUUGAAAUGAAAUGUAAACCUGGCGGGUUUGUUCAUGGUCUUGAUGGUGCUCACUGGUUUUGGAUGAAGGAUGCAACUUGGAAGGAUGAAACAAAGGACUACGUAGCUACGAUAAUUUACAGCACAGAUGAGUCAAAACGUCCUGUGGACCCACUCUUUAAAUACAGAGUGCGGCAAAUGGACUCCUCACCACUGUGGAGUAGAAGUACAUCCGCAGCAGAAAAACUGUGCAACAUUUUGAUCUGUGACUUGCAGAAAAAUGACAGUGGAAACUAUUUAUUCAGAUUUCAUGGAGUUCAAAAUAAAUGGGCGACAAAACCUGGAACAAACCUAACAGUUGUGGAAAAUUCUUGCCCAAUCACCUUUAAGGGUCCACAAACUGUGAAGGAGAAUGAGAUGGUAACGUUGACAUGCACCACGUUAAGUUCAUGUCCUUCAAACCCACAAAUUGGCACCUCGAUGCAACGACCUUCAAUACAGAUGUCAAAGUCUCUCAGGACAAACGCUGAGUCACCUAAAAGCAUCACACAGAUAUUUAAUGUCAGCUGGAAGGAUGACGGGAUUGGGUUUUCCUGCCAAACAGCAGAUAACCAGGACAAAUAUUUGAUCAGGAAUCUCAGCCUAACCGUAGAAUACGCUCCUAAAGAAGUUAUGGCUUUGACAACUGUCUCCAAUCCGCAGGAAGGAGACCCUUUGAGACUCACUUGCUCUGCCAAAGGUCAACCAUCUGUCAACUUUAGCUGGUUCAAAAAUGCCCAAAAGCUGAUCUCAGGGCCUGAGUUGAAGUUAACACAAGUUAACUUUACACACGAUGGAUCGUACUACUGUGAAGCUGAGAAUAAAAUUGGGACAGAAAAAUCUAAUAGUGUUGAAAUUAAUGUGUUACAUGUCCCGAGAGUUGAGGUAAGGGUUCAGCCACAGCAGCCAGGAAGAGACUUCACAGAGGGAGACAGGAUUACUCUUGAAUGUUAUGUGAACAGGAGUAAUCCAGAAGCUUACACCUUUUCUUGGUUAAAAGACACCAGAGAAAAGAGCAGAUCACAGAAGUAUGUUUUCAACAGAAUCCAGCCAAGCGACACUGGCAGCUACACAUGUCAAGCCUGGAACCGUCUGGGUCGAGGAACGUCAAGUCCGUAUCAUCUUAAUGUUCAAUACAGGCCACAGAGCACCUACAUCUCCACCUCCAGUGCUGAAAGAGUGAAGAUUAACAGGCCUCUCACAUUAACCUGUAACACUAAUGCAAAUCCAGAACCAUUGUACUCCUGGUACCAUUAUAAACCUUCCGAUCCCUUACAUCCGAAACCUGGAACAAUUCAAGCAACUCAUGGCAAGACUCUAUAUUUCCCGGUUGUUCGAAGAGGAGAUGAAGGAUGUUAUAGCUGCAAUGCAACCAACAUCAUCGGUUCAGGGGAUUUUAGUCAGCCAAGAUGCAUACAAGUCCUGUUUGCUCCAACAAAUGUCAACCUUUCUUUGCCUGUUAAGGUCAGAGCAGGUCAGCUGGUCACAGUCACCUGUACGGCUGAGAGUUUCCCACCAUCGCAGUUAACAGUGAGAAGGACUUCAGGAUGGAAUACUGGCUAUUUGCAACCUUUUGCGCUUCCACAUGACCAAAAUAUUUUCCGCAGCAGAUUUAAUGCAACUUCAACCCAUGCAGGUUCUUACACCUGCAUGGCCUCCAACAACCAAGGAGUGGAACAGAGCAAAACUAAGCAACUGGAGGUUGAAUAUUCUCCCGAAUAUGUGAAAGCCACAGCUCAGUCCAGUACUGUGAACGAAAAUCAAACAUUCUCACUGGACUGCAGUGCCCAAGCUAACCCAUCAGUAACCUUGUUCACCUGGAUGAAGAUGACUGAAGGCAAAGGAUCACUCGUAGGAUCUGAGCAGAGGUACUCGGUAAAUGCCGCGAGUCCCUCUGACGCUGGACUGUACAGAUGUGCAGCCAGAAAUGAGAUUGGAACUGGAACAUCUCAACAAGUUGAGGUUAAAGUCACCUAUGCUCCAAAACACACAGCAAUCAUUAAAGGAGGAGAACAACAACUGUCCGAUGGGCGACGCUCUGUGACACUGACCUGCAUCAGUCUCUGCUAUCCUCCUGCCACAUAUGUCUGGUACAAAAAGAUUGAUGAUGGAGAAGUCUUAACAUCGGCAGAUGGCAGAGAUGUAUUAACGUCUCAAUCACAGAACAUCACAGUGAACUCAGACCAAGCAGGAGAGUACUACUGUACUGCGAGGAAUGACCUCGGCCAAAGAUCAUCUGAACCGAUCAGGCUGUUUGAUGAUAAAAUCAGGAAGAUCAUGACCCUCUUCAUCAUUUGUUUCUGUAUUUUGUUCUUUGUACUUCUACUUUUAUUGGUCAGGCGCUGGAGGAGAAAAUCAAUCCAACAAGGAACAGCACGCACAUGGCCUUGUUGGGGUCUUCUGGAUUGCUGGAGUGGAGCCAGAAGGGGAAAUGUGAUGAGCCAGUCCGGUUUGGCUGGACCUUUCAGGAGCAGAGAUGACCUGCUGCCAGAGCAGUCAGUUCGUUGGAGAGAUGUCCAACGGCCUCGUCCAGACGCCACGUCUGCAUCCAACAUCACCGGUAUUUACUCUACCGUGGAUCUGCCCAACAGAAAUCAACCGACAAGACAGCAACAUGGACAGAUGCAGAAUGAUGCUCUCAACUACGCGUCUCUGGAUUUUGGGAAUAAACAGAAGAAACCGGAGGAGGACGCUGUGUACGCUAAAGUGAGCAGGCAAAAGACAGUGAAAGAGAAAGAACAAGGAAGGCAGGAGGACUAUGAGAACGUCAAUGCUCUACGUGCAGCCAAACCUCCAAAUCCAUACAACACUGACUCGGAAACCAGUGAAGAUGAGGAGGAGGUCAACUACACCCAUGUGAACUUUCAGCCCAAGCCAGGACACCAGAAAGACAUCAGCGACUCCAGCACCUCUGAGGAUGAAACUCAGUACUCUGAAGUCAAAUUCUGAGAUAAGAUGUGGGAACCCUGGAUAUGAUCUCAAUAUGUGUCAUAUGUUUGAUAUUUUUAAAUACUGUACGUACUUUUGUUUUGUCUUCUUGCUGUACUCAGUCUUUUGUACAUACUUUUAUUUAUUGUAUAUAAUAUCUUAUUUUCUGUUCUAUUCCCAGAGAUUGCAGAUGAAAAAUAGCCUUUGGCCAUAUGUUUAGGUAUUUUAAAGCAAGCUACUCAGAACUAAAGAUUAUGUAAUGUUUGAGUUUCCAAUUUGAUAGUCACUUUUGUAGUAGGUUGAACACCAGGUGUAUUCUACUGUAGGUUUUAAAAUUAAGUUUUGUAUUUUUUAGGUGACCAAAAUGAUCAAACCCUAUAUGGUUUAGAAAUUGAAACCCGACAGCCGACGGAGAGGCACGCCCACACCAGAGCGGACACCUGGGCCACAACAUUUAUAUUUAAUUCUAUGUGUUUUUUGUUAUUUUUCUUGGUUAAUUAAUUAAUAAAU